CUGUAGCCUAUAAUUUGUGAUCUGCUCACUCUUCUCUGCAUGGACUUGGACUAGAUAUAGAUAUAGAUCUAGAAUCUAGACUCUAGGAUCAACUCCGGCGUCGUCAGUGUGAAAUUAGCAGUUUGGUUAUCUCCAUCACUCUGUCAGGUCACAUAUUUCUCGUCUACCUUGGCUCAGCAAGCAAGUGCUCACGUUUCCUUGUUCUGCAAAGACUACUAUACACUAUAGUUAUACUCACCAAAAGUCUAAACAUGCCGCUCACCAGUGAUGAAGCUCAAAAGGCUUGCGCACCUCCUCCACCUGAGACAGAGGGAUUUUUCUUUCAGCAGACCAUGUUGAGAAUAAAAGACCCAAAGAGAUCCCUUGAUUUCUAUUCAAGAGUUAUGGGCAUGUCGCUGUUGCAUCAGUGGGAUUUUCCAGACAUGGAGUUCACUUUGUAUUUCAUGGGCUUUGAGAAGCCUGAGGAUAUUCCGACAGAUCCUAAAGAAAGGGCUAAAUUCUGCUUUUCAAGGAAAGCCACCCUGGAGCUUACACAUAAUUAUGGGACUGAAAAUGAAGAGAAAGAGGUGUACCACAAUGGAAAUUCAGACCCCAAAGGUUUCGGCCACAUAGGUGUGGUCGUCCCUGAUGUGUACAAGGCCUGUGAAAGAUUUGAACAACUUGGGGUGUCUUUCAUCAAAAAACCUGAUGGAGGAAAAAUGAAAGGAUUGGCCUUCAUUCAGGAUCCUGAUGGCUAUUGGAUUGAGAUUUUAAACCCCAAAUUUUAAUCUUGUUAAAGAGACAUGCAUGGGUAUAGGUAAAAGGCCAGCGUCUCUGUUGCGAGAACUUUGCCAAAGCCUGUAAAAGAACAUUUGAGUAUGUUUUUUAUGCAAUAUGUUGGCCUUUAUGUUUUGUGUGAUCUGAAAGAAGAGGAGGAUGCAGAAUUUACAUCUCAAGUUCUUGUAGUACUUUAAGUUAUUAUAUUAUGAUUUUACAAGCCAUUUUCUUUUUGUUGUUGAUCUGAUAGUUUUGUUACUAUGCUAUUUGAACUCAUCUCUAUUUAAAACAGUUUACGCAUAUUUAUGCAACAAGUCUAUGGCUUUAAUCUUUGACUUUGGCUCAGGUCAGUGUGGUCAUUUCUGCAUUUUUACUCUGUUUAGCUGUAGGGCUAGUGCCUGAUUCUAGAAGAGUCCACAAUGCUGGUGCUUUGUCAUCUAGAGUUUGUUCUUGUCCAAAGAAUAGGUCAUGGAUACACACAUCACUUUAAAUUAGAAAAAAAAAACCCUUCGCAUUACUUACCCUUUCCAAAACUGUUUGUGGUAAUUGAAGCUUUAAGAGACCACGUAAUAGUUGGUAUUGAAGGACACCACUUUUCAGACACAGUGGUUAAUGUGUGACAUCAUUUCAGUAAUUACUUGUCAAGUAAUGUAUUAUUUAUGAUUUAUGAAAAAGAAUGUUUACUCCUUUUUCUUAAACAUGAUUUAAUUAGGUUAGCUAUUUAGUGACAAGUUCUAUUUUUUUGUAGCUUUAGACAAUCAGUGUAUAUAUGUGAAAAGAGCACUAUCCUGUUAUAAAAAAAACCCCAAAGUGAUUCCUGUUCUGCCAUAGAAUUCUUAUGUUUGAAGACCAAGCAAGAUAACGUUUGAUGAUAAGAUGGUGCUUUGGGAAAUGUUGAUACUACUGUUGCUUUAAUUGAAAAGUGAAUCCUCUUUGUUGGUCUUCUUUGAAUGUCUCAGAUUUGUUCUGCCUUAAUAAAAGAGUGAGAUAUAUUUCAAACAACAA